AGCGCAACUUUGGCACGGAUGCAUUAAAUCAUCGUCGUGGAGCGCCGGUGCCAACCGCAGCAGAGGAGCACAUUUAGGUCUCCAGAGAAUGGAGCGAGAAUGAACAGAGAGCGGCUGAAGGAAAAGCAUGAACUGGAGGGUCUUUGAGGUCACUUGCUUCCUGUUUCUAUGGGACCAUCUCACGGUUGAGUCUUCACGCCAGGAGCCCUCGAGCGCCGAGCACCAUGCGCCCAGACACUUCGACUGGCUCAUCUCGGACCGCGGCCCCUUCCACCACAGCAGGGCCUACCUCGCCUUCGUGGAAAGAUUUCGCCAAGGAUUUACGACCCGGUAUAAGAUUUAUAGGGAAUUUGCACGUUGGAAGGUGAGGAACACCGCCAUAGAGCGGCGGGACCUGAUCCGGAAUCCCGUCCCCCUCAUGCCCGAGUUUCAGAGAAGCAUGAGGCUCCUGGGGCGGCGUCCCUCCACCCAGCACUUCAUCGACACCAUCAUCAAGAAAUACGGCACCCACAUCCUCAUCUCGGCCACGCUCGGAGGCGAGGAGGCUCUGACCAUGUACAUGGCGAAGAACAAGCUGGACCGGAAGAUGGUGAACGCCACGCAGGGGGUGGAGGCCCUGCACCAGCUCGCCUCGUCCUACUUCAUCGACCGGGACGGCACGAUGCGCAGACUUCACGAGAUCCAGAUCUCCACCAACGCCAUCAAGGUAACGGAGACGAGGACGGGUCCCCUCGGCUGCAGCACCUACGAUAAUCUGGACUCGGUGAGCUCGGUGCUGCUGCAGAGUCCCGAGAGCAAACUGCACCUGCAAGGUCUCCAGGUGAUCCUGCCCGAUUACCUGCAGGAGAAGUUCGUCCAGUCGGCCCUCAGCUACAUCAUGUGUAACGGCGAGGGCGAGUACGUGUGUCGCAGCAACCAGUGCAUCUGCCAGUGCGCCGAGGAAUUCCCGCAAUGCAACUGUCCCACCACCGACCUGCAGAUCAUGGAGAACACGCUGAGGGGGAUGGCCGAGUCCUGGGCCGCUUCGUACAAGGAUUUCGAGAGCUCAGACGAGUUCAAGUCCUUCCUGAAGCGUCUCCCGUCCACCCACUUCCUGCCGGUCAGCAGCGUCCACCUGCUGUGGGGGAACGACUGGGACCUGCAGGCGCGGUACCGGCUGCUCCAGAGCUCGCUGGAGGUCCUGAGGAUAAAGAUCCAGCGUACCGCCCGCAAGCUCUUCAGCCUCAGCGUCCGCUGCCACCACAACCCCAACCAUCAGUUGCCCAGAGAGAGGUCGGUGCUGCAGUGGCUGAACCGGGUGCAGUCGUUCCUCUACUGCAACGAGAACGGCUUCUGGGGAACCUUCCUGGAGAGCCAGCGCACGUGCGUGUGCCACACGGGCGUCACGCUGUGCCAGCGCCCCAUCCCGUGCGUCAUCGGGGGCAACAACAGCUGCGCCAUGUGCAGCCUGUCCAACAUCUCGCAGUGCGGCUCGUGCAACAAGGGCUACAAGCUGUACCGGGGCCGCUGCGAGCCUCAGAACGUGGACUCGGAGCGCAGCGAGCAGUUCAUCAGCUUCGAGACCGACCUGGACUUCCAGGACCUGGAGCUGAAGUACCUGCUGCAGAAGAUGGACUCGCGCCUCUACAUCCACACCACCUUCAUCAGCAACGAGGUCCGCCUGGAGACCUUCUUCGACCCGCGCUGGCGGAAGCGCAUGUCCCUGACGCUCAAGAGCAACAAGAACCGCAUGGACUACAUGCACAUGAUGGUAGGACUGUCAAUGAAGAUCUGCCAGAUGCGCAACAGCAGCGUGGACCCCAUGUUCUUCGUUUACGUCAACCCGUUCAGCGGGAGCCACUCGGAGGGGUGGAGCAUGCCUUUCGGGGAGCACGGCUACCCCAGGUGGGAGAAGGUACGCCUCCAGAACUCGCAGUGUUUCAACUGGACCCUGAUGCUCGGCAACCGCUGGAAGACCUUCUUUGAGACCGUCCACAUCUACCUGCGCAGCCGAGCAAAGGUCCCGACGGUCCUGCGCAACGACACCGGCCACGGCCCCGUGGACCUCUCGGACCCCAACAAGCGGCAGAUCUACAUCAAGAUCUCCGACAUCCAGGUGUUCGGAUACAGCCUGCGCUUCAACGCCGACCUCCUGAGGAGCGCCGUGCAGCAGGUCAACCAGUCCUACACGCAGGGGACCCAGUUUUACUCGUCCUCGUCCAUCAUGCUGCUGCUGCUGGACAUCAGGGACAGGAUCAACCGCCUGGCGCCUCCGGCCGCGCCCGGGAAGCCCCAGUUGGACCUGUUCUCCUGUAUGCUCAAGCACCGGCUCAAGCUCAACAACAGCGAGAUGAUUAGGGUCAACCACGCCCUGGACAUGUACAACACAGAGAUCUUAAAACAGUCGGACCAUCUCACCACCAAACUGUGCUGAGGAUUUCCAGUCUGGGUUCGGACCGGGACAAAAAGACGCUUUUGAUUUCGUUUGGGCUUUUUUUUUUUGCUUUUUUUUUUUUUUGAUGUACUAUUAACAACUUUGUAAGUGUAAUUGUUAAAUACGCAACUAAAAUACGGAGCCUUUUAGUUCAACUAAAGACGAUUAAUGAAAGAAAGAAAAAAAAAAAACAUGAACAUGACUGUACCAUAUUUGUCCGAGCAUGUCUGUCACUUCCUAACGGAGCACUGAGAGAAAAGAAAAAUAUAAAUACGUACGCUAUACGGACCCAAAAGUAUUGGGACGCCCCUUUUGAUCCAACCCCUUGGUGCUGGAGCCUAUCCUAGCUCUUCAAUUGGCGCAAGGCACACAGUAACACCCUGAACGGGGCGCCAGUCCAUCGCAGGGCACACUCACACACACACACACACAUUCACCUAUAGGGCAAUUCAUUGUCUCAUAUUAAAGUGACUGUGGGAGGAAACCGGAGAUCCCGGAGGAAACCCACGCAGACACGGGGAGAACAUGCAAACUCAGCACAGAAAGCACCCGGAUAAUUAAAUAGUUAAAUAGAGGUCAAUUUCCUGCUCCAGCAUGACUGCGCCCCUGUGCCCCACCCUGAGUCCAGAUCUCAGCCCCAUCGAACGGCUCUGGAAUAAACGGAACAUCAACCGAGCGACUGAGCUCUCCUGACCGCCGUACGAACGCUAAAGUGGUCAAAAGAUGAAAUGAUAAUUUGAAUGGAAUCUCCAGCGAGCUCAUGGUCAGGCGUACAAAUACUUUUGGCCAUAUAGUGUACGUACAACGUCCGGUGAUAACGAGGCCUUGAUGUUACUCAGAGGGAACCGAGGAACAUCCAAAACUGCCAUUGUUUAGCGGGCGACACCACAAACCUUUUGCUACAGCAGCGUUUAUGUCAUCUGGGAGAAUUCGGGGGAAAAUUGUCCUAAUUUUUAACGUCGUAGUAGGAUAGUAGGCUUAGCGGUUCAAUACUGUAGGAAUUAUCAGUGCCACACGACCCGUUAUUGGUUCCAGCAGCCCGUUACUGCAUGGGUUUCCUUCAGUUCCUCACUAUCCC